AUGUUCGCAGCAGCCACUAAAAACUUUGUGAGGCAGGUGGGAGACACGGGGAGGCUGAUCCCCGUCCCGAGCCUGAGCGAGGCCGACCGCUACCAGCCCCUCAGCCUGGUUACGAGGAAGAGGAAGAGGCAUUUCUGGAAGAAGAACAAGUACGCGUCGACGCCCUUCUCGCUGAAAGACAUCAUGGUCGGAGAGAAAGAGAUCACAGCAGGAGUGUCGUCCUAUCAGCUCCUGAACUACGAGGACAAAUCCGACGUGGCCCUCAACGGCCGGUUAGGAAACCACCUCAUCAACGACGUAGGGUUCAACAUCAGCGGAUCAGACUCCGUGGCCGUCAAAGCCUCCUUCGGCAUCGUCACCAAACACGAGCUGGAGGUGCCCACCUUGCUGCGAGAGCUCAACUCCAGGAAAGUGGACCUGGAUCACUGCCUGGUUCGUCAGUCCAAGGAGAGCAGGCGCAGCGUUCUCUGUGUCGUCGUGGAGAGCAUCCGCACCACGCGGCAGUGCUCGCUGACCGUUCAUGCCGGCAUGAGGGGGACGACCAUGAGGUUUCAGAUCGACGACGGCAGGAACCCCAAAGGUCGAGACAAGGCCAUCGUCAUCCCGGCUCACACCACCAUCGCCUUCAGCGUCUGCGAGCUGUUUGUUCGACUGGACGGGCGUCUCGAUAUUUGUGUCGCUCCGGAGUCUCAAGGGGGGUUUGAGCGGGAGCAGACUCCGUUACUCUCAGUAUAACUUCCUCUUUUUACUUUGUCCAACUGCUGUGUAGAGAGCAGAACGUUUGAGGAGCUCACCCACUCCGACACCUACAUGGAUGACAUGGUUACCGACUACUACGAGAAAGCCGCCAGCAUGACGGAUGUGUCCACCGCCUACCUGAGAGAAAGCUCCCACACACGGGUCAACCUCCUCAAGCACAACAUCCCCAAGGGGCCCUGUGCGCUCUGCGGCAUGGGCAACCAGCGGCGGGAGACUGUUUACGGCUGCCUGGAGUGCUCGACCGGGGGGCAGAAAUAUGUCCGCCUGCACGUGGUGCCCUGUUUUGACCUCUGGCACAAAACGCUGAGGUGA